AUGGAUUCUGCCAUAGCGAAAUAUAUUACAGAUAAUAUUUAUUGUAAUUUAACGUUAAUUGGAGAAGAUUUUCAUAAAGGAGGUUAUGGAAUUGUUAUUCAAAAACAAUGGAUCUAUGCGAAUGAUUUAGAUGUUAAUAUUUUAUCAUUAAGAGAAUCAGGUCAACUUGAGCAGUUAAGACGAAAAUGGUUUCGAAAAAAGAUUUGUCUUAUUUCAUCUGAAAUAUCGAUUGUCGUAAAAAUGAAAUCAAUCGGUGGAUUAUUUAUAAUUUUUGGACUUAUUGCUAUUCUAUGGUUCUUAUUAUUUCUAUGGUCGAAACGAUCUAGUUUUUUAAAACUAUUUCUUUAA